AAUAGUGUGAAAACAAUUUGGUUGUUAAAAUCCAUGAAAGCUGCUGAUUUAAUAGUCCUUGAGAUCCUUAAUUUGGAUUUAAAACCACCCCACCCUCAUAUAUGGGGGGGAGGUUCAAGAAGGUCAUAUGAGAACUUCCAUUAAGAAGUUCAUUUCCUUGAAUUUGGUUCCCUGCUAGCUGUUCCAUUAAGGGAGCUUAGCUUAGCUUUCUUCUCUAUCAAUCGUCGUGCCUUUCGUGGAAAAAAAUACUUUCUAUUACUCGCCCUGAAAGGGCGGCCAAAGCUUAGGAAGAAGACCCCUUCUCAGGAAGCAUCAACGUCUUUGAAUUAAGUGAACUGUACAGGGAACCGGUUCUCCUUUGAGCUCAUAAGUUUGGGCAGUUACGCCGUUGCAUUAAUACCCCAAAAAGACCAAUUUCCAAAGUUGAAAGUUGGGUUCAAUCAGAGUCUUGUUCACUGAACCCCAUCAAGAUUGAAUAUUUAAGGAGAGGAAAUGGAUGAGAAGAACGAUGUUGAGAAGGUUGAUGAUGUUAUAUUGCCGGGUUUUCGUUUUCAUCCCACAGACGAGGAGCUUGUUGGGUUCUACCUCAAGAGAAAGAUUCAGCAGCGAACUUUUCCUAUUGAGCUAAUUAAGCCAGUGGAUAUUUACAAGUACGAUCCGUGGGAGCUACCAAAGGUGGCUGCUACCGGGGAGAAAGAGUGGUAUUUCUACUGUCCAAGGGACCGUAAAUACAGGAACAGUGCACGGCCAAACCGAGUUACUGGAGCUGGGUUCUGGAAGGCAACUGGAACUGACCGGCCUAUUUACUCCUCUGAUGGCAGCAAAUGCAUCGGUUUGAAGAAGUCACUUGUCUUCUACAGAGGCAGAGCUGCCAAAGGAAUCAAAACUGAUUGGAUGAUGCAUGAAUUUCGGUUACCUUCUCUCUCGGAUUUGGCGCCGCCGAAGAAGUUCUUAGAUAAAAACAUCCCUGCAAAUGAUUCAUGGGCAAUUUGCAGGAUAUUCAAGAAAACAAAUUCCAUGACUCAAAGAGCUCUUUCCCACUCUUGGGUCUCUUCACUGCCAGAAACUUUGGCAACUGAGAUGCUCACACAGGGCACACACUGCAGUCAGUUCAGUCCAGAGAACAUCUCUUGCACGACUGAAAUUGGGUCAGCCAUGCAGUUUUGCCAUAACAAUCAUGACUUGCAACAAUCCUCUGCUGCUUGUUUCUCUGCUUUUGACAUUCCUUCUUAUAAACCCAUCAAUCAUAUAGUCUCUAAGCCUUUGCCAUUCCCUCUUUCUAAGGGAGAACUUCCCGAUGGCUUCACGUUGAUCUCCUCACUCGAAGUGUCAGGACCCACCAAGUGUCCGGUCGAUACUCCUUCCAUCCUUUUGAACUCUGCUUUAGGCAAAUUGACCAGUGCCUCUGAGAGCAUAGACUUUGAAGCGUCCCAACAGCAGUUAAGUGGCUUCUCAGUCAGUUUGCCACAGGAUGUGCAAGAAAACAUGGGUACAGGAGAAGAUGAGGCAGGCCUCAGGAGGAACCUAGAGGCAACCCUCCUAAAUAAUCAGUGGGGAACCAUCCGAUCAAUCGGAUUUCCCUUCAGUUUGCCUUCAAAUGAUGCUUGGAAGCCCAAUCUGUCAUGGGAUUCAGCUCCUUGUCCUAGUGAGAUGUCCACUAGCUACUCAGCAAAUAAAUGAUAUAUUUGAAACAAAAAUGAAACUUUGGAACUAAAAAAAAAAAAUAGAUUAUACUGUUUGCUAUGUCAUUGUACAGUUCCCCUCUAUUCGACUUAUACUUGUUAAGUUAUAUAUUGUUUUUCUGUAAGAUUGUUUUUCUUCUUUUUCCAACUUGAGUACACCAGCCAUUAAAGUCAUUAAAUAUAGGCAGUGUUCAAAAAAAGAAAUUGAGAAAAGAAGAUAAAAAAGCAUAGGAGAAACGGGGAAUGGAUUGGAUCCCUUCAUGGGGCACAUCAACAAGAUUCUAGAUCAGUUCAGCGAUCUCCAACUCAUUUCAUAUGCUCAUGACCUACAAAAUUACAUAUUUGGCGUAUUACUUGUGGAUUCCAAGACUAUGAAAAAAAACUCAGAGGCUUUCAUGUUGUGAUUACUUCUUCUCUUUUGCCUUUUUUAUUUUUGUUCGCUAUCUUUUGAGUGGUUCUGACGCAUUUGCAAAUACGAAUUGUGUUUUUGACACAUUUGCUGAUAUUUCUUCUCGAUUCCCAUUGAAACCCGUGAUUUUGCUUUUGGAUUAGACCAAUUCUUCGGUACUGCUAUUCUAAAAGCAAUUCCUUCUAGAUUGAUCUGUCUGAAUAAAAAUUGGGAAUAGAGUUGGCCAGACGUGUGAGUGACCUGCUACAAUGAACAGAAGCUGAAAUGAAGGGUUGAGAGGGCAUGAGAAAGGGUGAAUAUUCACUCCCUUUCUCUAGCCCUGUUUACCAGUGAACUUUAUGCGUGUUGUUGAUAUGAUGGUUGAGUUGCGAUGAUGUUCAUGGUUGCGAAAUCUGGUUGAGCCAUGCGGCAAAGCAGUCCCUGAGACGGGAGAAAGCUGUGGAUAUGGAAGGCGUGUUUCUGCCAAGUUGCUGUAUUGAUCUAGAACGUUUGUAUUG